CUGGAUUCUCCUGACUUAUUAACCAUCUCAAUAUCACAGGCACCGUUGUUGCUAGUACACAUUCUACCCGUCGGCCCAAUGCCUGUCUGUUGAAACGACGGCCUCUGCCAGUCCAGAUAUCUCCCUUUGCUCCGUCACCUUUUCGCGCUGCGCGUUGACAAUGCAGCACUUCCACGUCGAGUCAACCCGAAUUCGACCACUCCUCCUCGUCUUCUCCAUCUUAGGCCUCGCGUCGACCGCUUCUGCCCAUGGCGGACAUACAGACAAGAUCCCCGAGGGAGCGGCAGUCUCACCGGACCCUCUCGACUCGCGACUAUGGACGCAUAUCCUCCUUAUGAUCCUGUCCUUUGGCAUGAUCUUUCCCUACGGCAUGGUCCUGGGUAUCAUCAAGAGUAGAUGGCAUGUGCCCGUACAGAUUGCGGGCACCGUGGUGGCUACAGUCGCAUACUUCCUCGGCCACAUGCACAAGGGGCGACAGUUCAAGCACCCCAACAUUCAUGCGAGUUUUGCGAACAGCCUGGUUUUCAUGUUGAUCGUCCAGGUUGGCCUGGGCGUCGGGCUCAAAUUACACCUUGAAGAAAAGAGCGGGUGGGUCGGGAGAGUUUUCGGAGGCAAGAUGGGAAGAGGAGGUCGACGUGGAGUGGUCAUCGUACAUGGCUGGUUGGGCAAGGCCAUGCCCAUUGUCUCGUGGACGCAGAUGCUCUUCGGCGGCAUCGUCGCCAUGGGCUAUUGCCGAGGAGACCAUCUCGGACAAUGUCUGGCGCAUUUCAUCAUGGGCUCUGCGUUCAUCGCCUACGGAAUCAUCAUGACGCUUCUCUUGCUCAUCGGCCAGGCGUGGCUCAGGCGCACCGGCCGCAGUCAAGAGUUCUUCGACAGCAUCGUCAUCGCCGCCUGGGGUUGCGUCAACACCUUCACUGAACACCGGUGGGGUCACCCUUGGGUCAAGAACGACCUGCAGCACACGAGCAUGGGUAUCGUAUGGUGGUGCGCGGGGCUUCUCGGCGUCUGGCUCUCACGAUCCAGGAGUGGACGUCCCAAGCGUAACAUCUUGCCCGGCAUCGUCAUUGUGCUCACGGGUUGGGCCAUGGGCGGACACCCUCAGGAGCUGCCAUUGAGUACCAUGGUCCACACGGUUUUCGGCUACACUCUCAUGGCGGCUGGGGCGGCGCGGAUCGUCGAAAUCUCCUUCUUGCUCAAAGACAGCAGGGGAGGCGGCGAAGUCAACAGUUGGCAGCAUCUGCCACCAUUCCUCCUCUACGCAUCUGGUUUCUUGUUCAUGGGUGCAACCGAAGAACAGAUGCACCUCUUGUCCGACGCCGAUGUCACACACGUCAGCUACAUCCUCAUUCUCUACUCGAUCGCCUUCCUACUCUACCUCUUUGUCAACAUUCUGCUCUACGUUUACGCGUCGCACGCCUGGCCGGACGACGAGAGCAACGGUCUCCGUGGCCCGCCGCGCAACCGCUCCCUGAGCACCGCCGCGGGGCCGAGCAGCGGCCACUCGAGAAAGGUCUCGGUCCUCCACGGGCUGAACGGCGAUGUCCCAGGACCCGCCAACGGAUCGGUGUUACCUCGCCAUCGGGUCACCGACAGUCAGCAAGUUAGGGACGCUGAAGAGUUCGAACUCGAAGGUCUGAUGAGCGAGGGUGAGGAAGGGGAGGAGGAUAGUCCUGUGAAACCGAAAAAGGUGGGAGCCGUUUAAAAAACCGAUCCGAUCUGACUUGAAUAAAUUGUGGACGGGAAAUUGGUUUCGGGCGUUAUAACUCGGUUUCUGGGAGUGUCAUAAUGAGCGUUCAUGGGGAAUUGCAUAGUAUAUACAUAUGGUAUUUUGUUGUUGUAGUACAUACAGCACAUGGCAUAAUCUACGAUGUAUUAGUCACGUUUUUCGGGUAUGAUGUUCGUUACACA